GCCCGGGUGAGGAAGAAGCGCCAUAGCCACGGUAGUCGUGGUGACAAGAACCCAGCAACGAGAAUCAACAAUAACAACAACAACCCGAUUCAUUGAAAACGCAUAUUAAGUCAAAAGUACCCGCUGGAAAAGUCACUCGGAAUAAGAGACCAAUGGCAACUCCAGCUUAUGUGAGGGAGCUGCAGCAGCCCUCCCAGCCUCAGGGGGGCAUUGUGACUUCAACAACAGCGCAGACAACCACCGUGACGGCAGCUCCACAACACUUCCUGGCUGAACUUCAGACUACAGGGGCCUCCGCCUCAGCUGCCCCGCCUGCUGACCAGACCACGCCCCCUCCGACACAAUCACAGAAAAGCCAGGCAAUUGUUCAGACCCCGCCCGCACAGGCUCCACCCACUCAGACGCAAUACAUCACAGCUGAGAUUCAAAGCUCACCUACGCAGUCCAGCAACGCCCAGAAUACUCCACAGUACAUUGUUGUCACAGUUACAGAGGGAUCUCUUCAUUCCAAUGACUCUGUGUCUGAGUCUAGUCCUCCUGCAGCUCUAGUACAGACUGGAGUUCCCACACAGGUUGUGCAGCAGGUUCAGACCGCCCAACAGAGGUCAGUGGUUCAGGCCACAUCUCAGCCAACAAAAACAGAGCCGAGCACCCAGCUGAAUGUCACAAGCCUACAAUCCGUGCAUCUGACACAGGAGGUACAGCAGCAGCUCCAACAGGUUCCAGUCCAGCAUGUGUAUGCUAACCAGGUGCAGUAUGUGGAAGGAGGAGACACAAACUACACCACCAGCACCAUUCGUUCCAGCAGUUUCCCCUACACAGAGAACCCUCUGUAUACCCAAACCACUGCUGAACCAUACUAUGAGACCACCCCUGCCUCUGGGUCUGAGGCCACAUCCCCCGGCACCCCCCUCACCGUCUCUGUGGCCACAGGAUCGCCCGGGGUGUCCAUGUUUGUGGCAGGCACGGGGCAGAUCGUGACCAGUCCCACUUCAGCCGCUGGGGGCGGGGUUACAGCUGUAGUGGCAAACACGGGGGUGGCGGGUAAUGGUUCUGAUUCUGGAGGGGAGGCUAACGGCAGCAGCGGGAGUUACGUGAUUCAGGGCGGCUACAUGCUUGCCAGCAGUGGGAGCAGCAGCAGCGGAAACGGACAUGGUUAUCCGCACCCCACCCGUGCCUCUCCGACCACCGUGAGUAUAAACGAAGGCGAGGACAAUAGCAUGCCGUCGGCAGACAAAAAGCUGUCCUCUGGCCCUCAGGUGCAGUGGUUAUUGGAUAAUUAUGAGACAGCAGAAGGGGUGAGUUUGCCCCGAUCCACACUCUACUGCCACUACCUGCUGCACUGUCAGGAACAGAAGCUGGAGCCCGUGAACGCAGCGUCCUUCGGUAAACUCAUCCGCUCGGUGUUCAUGGGGCUGAGGACCAGACGCCUGGGCACACGAGGGAAUUCCAAAUAUCACUAUUAUGGAUUGCGGAUCAAAGCGAGCUCGUCCCUGCUCCGACUGAUGGAGGACCAGCAACACCUGGCCAUGAGACAGCAGCCCUUCUCCCAGAAACAGAGGUUGAAGCCGGUACAAAAGAUGGAGGGAAUCACUAACGGCAUGUUGUCCGGAUCUGGACAGCAGCAGCAGCAGAGUUUAGGUCUGUCGGACAUCAGUACACAGGUGCAGCAGUACCAGCAGUUUCUGGAUGCGUCCCGAUCCCUUCCAGAGUUCCCAGAUGUUGACCUACAAGGUAAAGCUUUGCCAGAGGGUAUUGAGCUGGAACAUCUCAAGAACUUUCAGCUGCUCUACAGAGAGCACUGCGAGGCCAUUCUGGAUGUGAUGGUCAACCUGCAGUUCCCUUUGGUAGAAACACUUUGGAAAACAUUUUGGAGGUUCAGUGAAAGUCAGACAGGAGAUGCAGCAUUAUCUUUGCAUGAUGAGUCAGAGAAGCGGCUGCCGAAGUCAUGUUUGGUGCUGCUGUGUAAAUAUGAUCCAGUGCUUCGCUGGAGCCACGACUGCGAUAACACACUGUACCAGGGCCUGGUGGAGAUGCUCAUCCCAGACGUUCUGAGACCCAUUCCCAGUGCCUUAACACAAGCCAUCCGGAACUUUGCCAAGAGUCUUGAGAGUUGGUUGACUAACGCCAUGAUGAACAUUCCUGAAGAGAUGGUUCGUGUCAAGGUGACUUCUGCGAGUGCAUUUGCGCAGACUCUGCGCAGAUACACCUCUCUAAACCACCUGGCCCAGGCAGCUCGUGCCGUCCUGCAAAACACUGCGCAGAUCAACCAGAUGCUCAGUGAUCUUAACAGAGUGGACUUUGCCAACGUGCAGGAACAGGCCUCAUGGGUGUGCCGAUGUGAAGAUCGGGUGGUGCAGCGGUUGGAGCAGGACUUUAAACUGACUCUCCAGCAGCAGAACUCUCUGGAACAGUGGGCCGCCUGGCUGGAUGGUGUGGUCUCACAGAUCUUAAAGCCGUACCAGUCCAGUUCUGCCUUCCCUAAAGCAGCUAAACUUUUCCUGCUGAAGUGGAGCUUUUACAGCUCUAUGGUAAUCAGAGAUUUGACUCUGCGCAGUGCAGCCAGCUUCGGCUCUUUUCACCUAAUCCGUCUGCUCUAUGAUGAAUACAUGUAUUAUCUGAUAGAGCACAGAGUCGCACAGGCCAAGGGUGAAACGCCGAUUGCCGUCAUGGGAGAGUUUGCAAGUCUUGGCCGAAGUUUGAACCCACUGGAUCCUGAUAAAGAAGAGGAAGAGGAGGAGGAAGAAGAGAGUGAAGAUGAGUGUCAGGAGUUAUCGCUGCAGUCUGAUGGUGGCACUAUUGGUGAUGAAUCUCUGGAACCGCCUGCCAAACUGGCACGAACCGACCAGAGGGUGCUGUUCAGCACAGGAUCCAUGGACAACUGAGAACUUAAAUACACACAUGCAUAUAAACACACACACACACACACACACAUAUUCAUGUACAAGCACUCCCUACACAAUAAUCACCCAUCAUUUGUGCACUUAAAAUCAAUACAUGUGUCUAUAAAGCAUAAAUGCUGCAGAUUACACAUUUACACAACAGUUGGAUGUUCGUACACACAUUUCCUGCCUGUCAAUGUCUUAAGCAUAUACACAAACAUUCACUGUAACACAGAGGCACAGAAAAAGCUGCCCUUACACACUCAUUACAUGAUCUCUCAUAUCGAGACCUUAGAAAGGGUCAGGAGGACUAAACUAAAAACUAAACUAAAAGUGUGUGUGUGUGUUUCAGUCAAUAAAAGUAGCUCUCGAAUCUAAAUCAGAUUUGGAUAGCUGCAUAGAAGAGAAAAUGCAUAAACUGCUGCAAUUGGUUCCCACAAAGUUGUUUGUGUUGGACUCAACUCUGAUUGGCUACUGAUACACUCUAAAAUAAAAAUCAGUUUCUUAAUCAGUAUUUUGUCUUUUUUUUUUUCAGUAAAAAUAUCUGAACAUCCUUAAAACAAGAUGGAUCAACUUGAGAAUUUCAGAGAGUAUAUCUUGAAUUUAAGCGAUAGUUCACCCAAAAAUGAAAUUCCUGGUACGUGAUAACAGAAUUACAUUUUUUUGGGUGAACUAAACCUAAAAGUUUAAUUUUCCUACCCAAUUAGCACAGUUGUUUCUUGUUAUAAGCAUGAACCCCUCUUAAUAGGGUUACGUUUCAUACUAAAAAUAAGAAAAAACUAUUUGCCAAAUAAACUCAAUUCGAGACAUAUUCUCUGAAAACAAGUCUUCGUACACAAUUUUGCUCUUUAUGUAAAUGUAUGUUGUUUUAAGGAUGUUUAGAUAUUAUCACCGGAAUACAAGACUAAAAUACUGAUUAAGAAAAUGAUUAUUUUUGCUGUGUGACUGACUGAAAUUGUCAAUCUCCCGCAGCCUAUAAGGGUAUGUAGGGAGAUAUAAAUUGACUUUAAGUGUGCGUUUGAGUGUUGACGUAUAUUUUCUGCCUAUCCGUGUGUUGUUUUUGUGUUGGUGAGUGACCUGGGACCUUAUUGUUUUAUUGGCUAGAAUGAAUGUGUGUUUUUGUACCUGUGUGAAUGACCUUUGUGGUUUGAGAAAUGUCGGUAGUCAUUCUGUCAGUGGUAUUUUCAAAAACAUACCUUUUUUGAGUUUUCAAAACCUUCUGUGACUGCCAUGUCAUUUACUGUUUAUAUCAUAUAACAGCACAGCUCUUUAAAAACACUUUUUAGGGCUAUUCUGCACAUACCUCUGUGACCUAAAGCAGUUUGCCAUUUAGCACUACUGUGGUCUUCAUUUCUUAAUGAAGAAGCCAGAAAGAAGGAGAUUUCUUUUCAUUCUAAGAUUCAUUCAUUCAUUGUGGUCUUAUAACCUUUCACGGUCCUAUUUUUUCCCUUUGUUGCACUUUUUUUCCUUAUGUCGCUAUAUGUCGUCUUAAACUUGGUACAUUAAAUGUUACUGUCCUUACAUACUUUUUUCUAUGGUCACAAAGUGACAAUCUCUAUGUGUACAGCGUUGUCUCACACUGUUUAGUGCAUAUUUGAUGGUUUGCUGUGUAUUUGAGAUUUUAGGUGAAGAUAUUUUACUAGAAUCCUUCUAAAACACUUGACGCCACUGCCUGUAAGGUCUCCAGUAACUAGGAAAUUGUAAAACUAGAGCAAUCCUUAAAGGAACAGUUCACCCAAAAAAUGAAAAUUCUUUCAUCAUUUGCUUGACCUCAUAUUGUUCCAAACUGUAUGACUUUCUUCUUCUGUGGAAUCCAAAAAGGGAUUGACAGCCUCACAUUCUGCCUAACAUCACCUUUUAUGUUACACUGAAUAAAGUCAUAGAGGUUUGGAACAACAUGCGGGUGAGUAAAUGAUGGCAGAAUUUUUAUUUUUUGGGUAAACUAUCCCUUUAAGCCCUUUCCCCUUUAAAACAAAUCAACCCAUUUGUCUUUAUAUAACUAGGACUGAUUUGUUUGAUACUUUUCCUGUGUUGUGGCAUACUCUUUUACGAUUAAAUCAGUUUGAGAGAUCCUAAAGAAUGUUAAAACUACAUCCCCUCCUGUUGGAUAUAUACUGUAUAUGUGAACUAUGAUUAAUGCUAUUGUAGAUUUGAAUACUGAGCAAUGGGGCAGUGCACAAGAUAUUGACUGAUCUCACACCAGCAUGUUGUUUUCUUUCCCUCUGAUUCUCUUGGUAGAUCCACAAGAAGACAUAUCACAAAUCUGUAGGACAGCCAUUUUCAUAACAAAGUGACUAUCCCUUUUCACUCUUUUGAAGUCCAUUUCUUGCUCAGAAAAAAAAAGAAAAAACCCCACACACAGAAAAGCAGAUAAACGUGUGGCAGUGUUUUGAGUAAUCUAAACCAUGGGAAUGGUUGUGCCUUUUGGAGUUAUCAAAUGAAAUCCAUGUUUUUAAUUUAAAAUAUGAAUAAAUUAAUAAUUUCUAAAAUUGUGAA